UUGAAAUGUGGGAACUGUGGUGAAGUUUCUGAAAAAUGGCAGUAUCUGCGAUUGAUGGACAGUGCUCCCCUGAAAGGAGGCCGAGGAAGUGCCACCAUGGUGCAGAAAUGCAAGCUGUGCUCCAGGGAGAGCUCCAUCGUUCACAACAGGUACAUUCCUGUCAUCAUGCUCAUGAAGGAGACAGCAGGACCUGCUGAUAUUUUAAGUCAGACAAUCAAGCCUUAUAACGCUGAAGACAGCGAGAAAUUCAAAACAAUAGUGGAGUUUGAAUGUCUGGAACCAGUUGACUUUCAACCACAGGCAGGGUUUGCCGCUGAAGGUGCAGAAUCUGGAACACCUUUCCAUGACAUAAACUUGUCAGAAAAGGAUUGGAAUGACUAUGAUGAAAAAGCAAAGGAAUCUGUUGGAAUCUAUGAAGUUACCCAUAAAUUUGUAAAAUGCUGA